AUAGUGACGUGGCCAUGGGUACUUGGAUAACAGUUUCUGCACGCAACCGCAGACAAACUUUCUUUUUCCUUGGUCUUUUAAACCAUUUUAUUCCCUUCGUGCCUGUUUUGUCCUUCCGAUGUUCCCAAUUUCCGGUUAUUGAGUUUCCCCAUCAAGGAUACUGAAAAUUGUGGAUUUUCAGGAACUUUUUAGUUGUUAGUUCCAUUUCGAGCGCAUGGAAUCACCAGGUGGUGGUUCAAGAAGCACAUCUGUUGUUGUGGUUACAUUGGAUACAGGUGAAGUUUAUAUUAUUGUUACCUUGUCUUCUAGGAGUGACACGCAGGUUAUUUAUGUCGAUCCAACAACUGGGGUGCUUCGCUAUCAUGGGAAGUUUGGUCUUGAUGUUUUUAGGUCCGAGAAUGAAGCAUUGGAUAAUAUUACCAAUGGAUCUCCUUGGCAGUGUAGGAGUAAAAUUCAUGCCAGAGCAAUAUUGGGUUAUGCCGCCUUGGGAAGCUAUGGGCUGCUUCUUGUUGCUAUAAAGUUAGUUGCUAGCAUUCCCUAUUUGCCUGGUGGGGGAUGCGUGUUUACUGUCGCUGAGAGUCAAUGGAUCAAAAUACCACUUCAUAAUCCUCAACCUCAGGAUAAAGGAGAAAUAAAGAAUGUACAAGAAUUAACAGAACUUGACAUUGAUGGGAAGCACUACUUCUGUGAGACAAGAGAUAUAUCUCGACCUUUUCCAAGUCGCAUGUCCCUGCUCAGUCCUGAUGAUGAAUUUGUUUGGAAUGGAUGGCUUUCAAUGCCUUUUAAAAACAUUGGGUUGACACAACAUUGUGUCAUUCUUCUGCAGGGGUUUGCAGAAAGUCGAAGUUUUGGAAGUUCAGGUCAGGUAGAAGGGAUUGUUGCUCUCACAGCUCGUCGAAGUAGGCUUCAUCCUGGUACUCGAUAUUUGGCUAGGGGCAUAAAUUCCUGUUUUAGCACAGGGAAUGAAGUAGAGUGUGAACAGCUUGUAUGGGUGCCUAAAAGGGCAGGUCAAAGUGUACCUUUUAACACAUACAUUUGGCGACGGGGCACAAUACCAAUCUGGUGGGGCGCUGAAUUAAAGAUGACCGCUGCUGAAGCAGAAAUUUAUGUUUCUAAUCGGGAACCUUAUAGAGGAAGUUCACAAUACUAUCAAAGAUUAAGCAAACGAUAUGAUUCUCGUAACUUAGAUGUUGGUGUUGCCCAAAAUCAGAAGCCAAAGGCUUUUGUUCCAAUUGUUUGUGUCAACUUGCUUAGAAAUGGAGAAGGAAAGUCUGAGUGCAUUUUAGUUCACCAUUUUGAGGAAUCGCUAAACCAUAUUAAAUCCACUGGAAAACUUCCUUAUACUCGAAUUCAUUUAAUAAAUUAUGACUGGCAUGCCCGAAUAAAGUUACAAGGUGAACAACAAACAAUUGAGGAGUUGUGGAAACUUCUAAAAGCACCUACUCUGGCUAUAGGCAUUUCUGAAGGUGAUUAUUUGCCUUCGCGACAGCGACUUAAGGAUUGCAGAGGUGAAAUCAUCUACAAUGAUGGCUUUGAAGGGGCCUUCUGCUUAAGAUCCCAUCAAAAUGGUGUGUUGCGUUUCAAUUGUGCAGAUUCUUUGGACAGAACCAAUGCUGCUAGUUUCUUUGGGGCACUGCAAGUAUUUGUUGAGCAGUGUAGGCGGCUUGGGAUAUCUCUUGAUAGUGAUUCGACAUAUGGUUACCAUCCAGUCAAUAACUAUGGUGGGUAUACUGCCCCCCUCCCACCUGGUUGGGAAAAACGAACUGAUGAAGUAACAGGGAAAACUUAUUAUAUUGAUCACAAUACAAGGACCACAACAUGGAAUCAUCCAUGCCCAGAUAAGCCAUGGAAGAGAUUUGACAUGACAUUUGAUGAGUUUAAGAGAUCAACAAUUUUAUCCCCUGUAUCUCAGCUAGCAGAUGUUUUCCUGCUUGCUGGUGAUAUCCAUGCAACACUGUAUACAGGUUCUAAAGCCAUGCAUAGCCAAAUUCUAAGCAUAUUUAAUGAAGAAGCCGGAAAGUUCAAGCAGUUUUCUGCAGCGCAGAAUCUGAAAAUCACUCUUGAAAGGAGAUAUAAAAAUGCAAUUGUGGAUAGUUCUCGUCAAAAGCAGUUGGAGAUGUUCCUUGGAUUAAGGCUUUUCAAGCAUCUUCCAUCUGUUCCUCUUCAACCUCUACACGUACUUUCUCGACCAUCUGGUUUCCUUCUUAAACCAGUUGGCAGUAUGUUCCUAACCUCCAAUGGUGGAGCUAGUCUACUGAGUUUCAAGAAAAAGGAUCUAAUCUGGGUUUGUCCCCAAGCUGCGGAUGUUGUUGAACUUUUUAUCUAUCUUGGUGAACCCUGCCAUGUCUGUCAGCUGCUACUCACAGUUUCCCAUGGUGCAGAUGACUCAACUUAUCCUUCAACUGUUGAUGUAAGGACAGGACGUAACCUAGAUGGGCUUAAGCUGGUUGUUGAGGGAGCUUCCAUACCCCGGUGCGGAAAUGGGACAAAUCUUCUGAUUCCCUUAUCAGGUGCAAUUAGUGCUGAGGAUAUGGCUGUCACCGGAGCUGGUGCACGCCUUCAUGAUCAAGUUACAUCGUCUUUAUCAUUAUUGUAUGAUUUUGAAGAAUUAGAGGGAGAAUUGGACUUUCUCACUCGUGUAGUGGCACUUACAUUUUAUCCUGCUGAAUCUGGAAGUCCUAUGACUCUUGGUGAGGUAGAAAUCCUUGGAGUUUCUCUCCCCUGGAAUGGUGUAUUUGCUAAUGAAGGGACUGGUGCGAGACUAACUGAGCUUGCAAAGAAAUCUCAAAAGGACAGCAAUUCUUUUUUGCCCAGUUCGGACACAAACCCAUUUUCUGGCAGUUCUCUAUCCAGUCAAGCUGUGUCAAUAUUGGCAAAACAGGGUUCUGCAAAUGAUUUGGUUGACCUAUUAACUGGAGGUGACAUGCUUUCUGAACCCGUUCCUCAGCCAGUUACAGAAAAUGUUACUUACGGGGGCGGUGACUUGCUUGAUUUUCUGGACCAGUCUUUUGUGGACUAUCAUGGUCCUGAAACUGAUCAUAAACCCUCUACAUCACAGGAUGGAAGGCCUCAAGAUAGUGCUACGCAGAAGUACAUAAACUGUGUAAAAUUCUUUGCAGGGCAACGUAUGGAAAGAAAGCUAAACUUCCUUGAAGCCAUGAAGCUAGAAAUUGAACGCCUCCAUCUGAAUAUUUCUGCAGCUGAAAGAGAUAGAGCUUUAUUGUGUAUUGGAAUUGAUCCGGCAACUGUAAAUCCAAAUUUUUUGCUCGAUGAAUCAUCCAUAGGAAGACUGUGCAGGGUUGCAAGCACCCUUGCUUUGCUUGGGCAAGCUGCUCUUGAGGAUAAGAUUAAUGGUGCUAUUGGUCUUGGGAAUAUUGAGGAUAAUGUUAUUGAUUACUGGAACAUCAGCAAAAUUGGGGACUACUGUGCCGGUGGCAAGUGUGAAGUGCGUGCUGAGACUAAGGCAACUCGAUCUGAUUCCUCUGCGUUGCCAUCUACAGAAGGUUCGAAAUCUAUCUUCUUGUGUUCUCAAUGUCAGAGCAAGGCUUGUCGAGUUUGCUCUGCAGGGAGAGGAGCCCUUCUUCUGCCAAAUUAUUCAAGGGAGACGAUGAAUUACAAUGGCUUUUCUAACCAAGUUGGUCUCACUACAAAUCGUUCAGAGGCACUGGACAGUGUUAUUUGCAGGAAGUGCUGUCAUGAGAUAAUUCUUGAUGCAUUGGUCUUGGACUAUGUUAGGGUCUUGAUUAGCUCACGAAGAAAAGUCCGUGCUGAUAGUGCAGCACAUAAUGCUCUGGAUGAGGUUACAGGAUCCUCCUUCCUGGGUAGCCUUUCUGAAAGGAGUCAGUCCUCUGGUAAUCUGAGAGCUGCUAAAGUUUUGAAACAAUUACUUAAUAGGGAAGAAUCGCUCGCGGAGUUUCCAUUUGCCAGCUUUCUACAUUCGGUUGAGACAGCUACAGAUUCAGCACCACUCCUGUCGUUAGUCACUCCACUCUAUUCUGGAUCACCACAUUCAUAUUGGAAGGCUCCCCCUAAUACUAAAACAGGCUAUUUAGGCUAUACAACUGUAGUAUUUGCUGCUAAAUAUGCUUUGAAAAGUGCAUUUCCAAGUCUGUGGUUCACCUCUAUGGGUGUCUCUGCUGGUUUACAGCCCAACUUGCCCCCUCGGUUGGCAGCUAGUGACAACAACACUCUUACAGUGUUCAUCUUUGCUACAGGGGCAAAUGUCUCAAGGUUGUAUAGGGGCCAUUGUUUCAAGUCGGGCAGGUUGGUUAGUAGGCAAGGACUGAGUGGGAGUGUUUGGUUGCUGGACAGGAGCUGGAAUGUCCAAAUCUGGGCAAGCAAUAAAAUAGACAGGGAAGAAAGGUCCUGUGUUGGAAAAUGGGAUGUCCAGUCCCUGAUAUCCUCGUCACCAGAAUUUUAUGGACCUGAAAAGUCAACCAGAGAAGAUAAGUUGCCCCGUCAUAUAAAAUUUACUUUCAAGAAUCCUAUUAGAUGUCGCAUUGUUUGGAUAACACUGCGCCUUCAGCGGCCUGGUUCAAGCUCUGUAAAUUUUGGGAACGACUUCAGUUUAUUAUCUCUGGAUGAAAAUCCCUUUGCACAAGAAACUCGACGUGCCUCUUUUGGAGGAGCAACUGAAAUUAGUCCUUGCCUUCAUGCCAAACGAAUAGUGAUAGCUGGAAUCCCUGUGAAAAAAGAGAUGGAGCUUACAUCGUCAGAAAGCUCUGACCAGAGAAACUGGCUGGACAGAGCACCACAGUUAAAUAGAUUCAAGGUUCCAAUUGUGGCGGAGAGGCUAAUGGACUACGAUCUGGUCUUAGAGCAGUAUCUACCUCCAUCUUCACCAUUGCUUGCUGGAUUCCGACUGGAUGCUUUUAAUGCAAUAAAACCUCGAAUUACCCAUUCACCUUCUUCAGAUACAGAUAUCUGGGACACGUCAGAAACAUUUUUAGAAGAUAGACAUAUCUCUCCAGCUGUUCUAUAUAUUCAAGUAUCUGCACUCCAGGAAGGAAUAGGAUCCAACAUGGUGACUAUUGCAGAAUACAGAUUGCCGGAGGCCAAACCAGGAACAGUAAUGUACUUUGAUUUCCCUAGACAAUUACAAACAGAAAGAAUCUCUUUCAAACUUCUGGGAGAUGUUGCAGCAUUUACAGACAAGCCGGCGGAGCAGGAUGAUUCUAGUUUUAGAGCUCCUGCUGUUGCUGCAGGCUUGUCUCUGUCAAAUAGAAUCAAGUUGUAUUACUGCGCUGAUCCUUAUGAUCUUGGCAAGUGGGCUAGCCUUUCUGCAGUUUGACAUUACUUUAACCCAGGUGGAAAAAAUGGGUUUAAAGAUUGGUUUUGGGUUUCUUUGUGCUUGUUUUCAUAUUCAUAUAUAUGUAUGUUGUAUAUUAGCAUAGAAAUUAACAAUUUAAUAUCUAUUGGUGUAAUGAAUGAUAUGAGCCCUUGAGAAUUUUAAGUGAUGUAUCUUACUUCCUGGAUGAAUUUGUUCAGAAAA